AUGCCUCAUACAUAUGCUGAUGGAAACAACAAUGAAAUGUUUGUGACAAUGAAUGAUGCUGAUCUAGAUACUGAAUCAAAUGGAUUAAAAACAGUGAACAGUGUCCUUAAAGACGGCAGUGAUCUGUUAGGUGCACCAGCCAGAUUUAUUAAUAAUAUCCAAAAAGAUUGGUUAACUACUGUUAUUCUAAUUUGCAUUCUAUGCUUAUACUGUAUUAUUCAACAUCAUUGUUCUAAUAAAACACGUCGUCGAACGGCACCAUCCGAGGCUUAUCGUGUCAAUAGACACUCAGACGCCGUUAUCGAGAACAUGCAUUUGCGCAAAGGUAGCAUCUUCCUUUUCCUAUCAAUACUGCUGAGAACCUGCAUUGGACAACAAACAGCGGAUAAGCAAGCCGAUGUUACAACCAAACAAGUUCUUCAAUACAUAACAAAUCUGUCCAAGCAAGGGAAGUAUCUGUCGGGUCAAUAUAUUGGUAUAAGUAAACCGAAUAUGUCGAUGUCAUUGAUUACGAAUAUCACAGCUGAAGCAGGUCAAGUUCCGGGUAUCUUUGAAUGUGAUUAUGCAAAUGGGUUUUGGUCGACGACUCCACCACAAAAACUGCUUGAUCAUUCUUGUAAUUCGAUAUUGAAAGACAAUUGGAAUAAGGGUGGUCUGAUCAAUAUAUGUGCACAUUUUCCAAAUCCUGUGUCUCCGAAUGGUGGUGAACUACGAAACAAAUCGAAUCUGGAAGCGAAUGGAGCAUGGUUUUGGUGGGGAAGGCAAGAUCCAACGUUAUUCAAAAAUGUUUGGAUCCAUAUGUUUAAUUAUUUGACGCAAGUCAAAGAUUUACAUAAUAUCUUGUGGAUCUAUUCACCGGACCAAGGUGCGCCAACUCCGUCACUGUACUAUCCAGGUAGUGCCUACGUGGAUAUUGUUGGACUCGAUGUUUAUACUGAUGAACCUGUAAACAAAUUGUUUCCUUUUGAAAAUAGUUUGAAGGGAUAUGAUGAAAUGUUAGCUUUGAAUAAGCCAAUGAUUCUUGGUGAAGUUGGUCCAAGAACCACUGAUGGUCAAUUCGAUUUCAGUCUAUGGCCAACUGCGAUUCGAAAUAAAUAUCCGAAAGUGUCUUAUUUACUAACAUGGGCCGGCCCUUGGUCACCAGUAGCCAAUAGAAAUGCUUAUAAUUUAUUCAAUAACGCAUACGUCAUCAAUCGUGGCGGUAUCAAUAUAACUGAUACCAUGUUUUUUGUUUAA